CACCGGGGUUGGCUUGUUCGGUGGGCGGUGUGCUCGAGCGUUGUCCACGCGUGCCUGCCCGCUCGUGUCCGCGGUCCAGGGUAGCGGCGACAAGGGGCAACUCCUCCACUGACAUCGGAGGAGGCAGGCGACAAGCGGGAAGUAGUUGGUGGCGUCCGAUUGCCUGCCGCUUUCGCCUAGCCCUUUCGCCGCUCUCUCGCCUCAGCCGCCACGCUGGCGACCUUCGGAACACCCCCUUGCCCGUUCGUUGCUGGGAGACGAGAUACACAGUCUACCGAGCGGCUCUCCACCGGGCCUCCCGCCAGCGAUAACGCGGCGAGAGCCGAGGACGCCGUCCGCAGCAUGGCUUCGCGACAAGCGAUCGACACGAAUACUAUGACGCUGACGAGGUUCGUCCUGGCCGAGCAGCGAAAGGUGCCCGGCGCCACGGGAGACCUGACGCAGCUCCUGAAUGCCAUCCAGACUGCCAUCAAGGCGGUCGCGGCAUGCGUGCGACGGGCCGGCAUCGCCCAGCUGUACGGCAUGGCGGGCAACACGAACGUCCAGGGCGAGGAGCAGAAGACGCUGGACGUGCUCAGCAACGACUUGUUCAUCAACCUGCUCAAGUCUUCGUACACCACCUGCCUCUUGGUCUCCGAGGAGAACGACACGGUGGUCGAAGUAGAGACCGAGAAGCAGGGCAAGUACGUGGUGUGCUUCGACCCUCUGGACGGAUCCUCCAACAUUGACUGCCUCGGGUCCAUUGGCUCCAUCUUUGCCAUCUUUCGUCGGACAAGCUCAGGACGACCAAACGCGAAAGAUGCAUUGCAGACGGGGCGGAACGCGGUGUGCGCGGGGUACGCAUUGUAUGGAAGCGCGACAAUGGUCGUCAUAAGCUUGGGCCAGGGGGUCAAUGGAUUCAUGCUGGACCCCGCAAUGGGCGAAUUCAUCCUCACGGAUCCCGACAUGAAGAUCAAGCCUCGCGGCAAGAUCUACAGCAUCAACGAAGGAUACGCCAGCGUGUGGGAUCCUGCAGUCACGGAGUACGUCCAGAAAAAGAAGUUCCCUCAGACUGGGAAGCCUUACGGCGCCCGCUACAUUGGUUCCAUGGUCGCCGAUGUCCACCGGACGCUCAAGUACGGCGGCAUAUUUAUGUACCCUGCUACCAAAGAUUCUCCAAGCGGAAAGCUUCGCUUGUUGUACGAGUGCAUCCCGAUGGCGUUCCUGAUCGAGCGGGCCGGCGGAAUAGCGCACUCCGGCAAGCAGCCCAUCCUGGACGUGCAGCCGGAGACGCUGCACGGUCGCUGUCCCAUCUUCCUCGGCUCCAAAGAAGACGUGCAGGAAGUGCUCGACCUAUACAAGAAGCACAAUCUGGCUUGAACGAAGCCCGCCCUCCUAAUCGCGG